AUGCAGGGAUUCAAGGAUGACUUCUAUGCCUGGAAGGAUUCCCUGAGCAAGGACGAGCAGGCUUUGUUGCUUAAGCAGGCCCAGAACGAGUUCGACAAGAAGUUCCGUAAGAGCGACGAUUUCAGCAAGGACCUCCCGGAAGAGAAGAUCCAGUCUUUCGCCAAGGUUCUGAAGAAGUUCUUCGACAACGAGAAGGAUGACUACAAGAAGGAUGCCGAUCAGAGGACUCCGGACUAUGACGCCUUGAAGAACAAGGCGGCCCUGGUCUCCUACGACUUCGGCCUGAAGCGACGUGUCGUGCAGAUCGACCGUGACGCCGACCGACGCUGGAUGUACGCAUCCAUGAAGGCUCGCGUGGAAGAGGCUGAAGGCAAGGAGCCCUCGGACAGCGCCCCCUUCGAGGAUUUGUACAAGUUCUCCAAGGACACCGCGGAGACGGUCCACAAGUUCAUCGCCGACGCCAACAGCGCUUCCAGCGCUCCGGCCGGCCUGAAGAAAGAUAUCGAGAAGGUGCUCAAAGACAACCCGCCUUCGGACGACUUCAAGGUGCGCUUCCCUCGCGUGCUGCACGAGCGCUUGGCCAAGAAGAUGGGCUCCUUGCAGAGGGAGAUCGAAGACUUCGCAGCGAACCACUCCGAGGCCGAGACCAAGGAGUUCAAGACCAGGACAGCACCGGAGGAGUUCCUGAAGACCGCCGCCGAUGUGAUCAAGCCGUACUAUGAGGCCCGGGAUGAGAACGAGAAGAAGGUCCAAGAGCUCAAGGCAUUCUUCCGCUCCCAGAAGGACUCUCCGGGCAAGACCAAGGCCGAUGUGGUGAAGGAGAUUUUCAAGGUCAUGCCGAAGUACUCGGACACCCCGAUGCCUCCUUUGGAUGAGGAGAUGCUUGCAGAUCUCGCCAAGAUUCCUGCGAAGCUGGACGGCGAGUUCAAGCACAACUGGGGUACCGCCGAGAAGCUUUACAAGUCCGAGGCCAUUGAUUCCUUCGGGAACAAGUACCUCCUGGGUGUCUUCGAGACCGUGGCCGAGGCUGAGAAGGCGUUCGAUGAGUGGAACAAGGAGUACGAGCAGGCGGGCGAGAACGUGAAGGAGUCCCUGAGUGGCUGGGCAAAGCAGCAGGAGGCUGCUCUGGCCGAGGAUCAGGACGAAGUGGAUCGCCUUCGCAAGGCCCUCGAAGAAGCUAGACGAUGA